UAUACCGGCAUUGCCAUGCAUACCACAGCGCAGCAGCGCCAGAUCGCCUUCCUCGCUUGUUGCCACCUCGAGUGUGCUGCGGUCAUCUCUCCUGACGUCACAGCUCUCGUGCACUCGCCGCCAUCGUCCAGACCCUUGGGCGAUUCCGCUGGCAGCUGUACGAACUGUCCUAUCUCCCUUCCGGAUGACUCUCUUGAUCUGACCGCCACCACACGUGCCCGGAGCCCUGGCAUAGCUGGCACACUGAACCGUCCAUUCACAUUCAAGCCCAGUCCCAUGACGUCAACGAUCAUGCCUAUGAAUUCCCAGCCGGAUCCUUCCUCCUUCAGAGGGCAAGGUGGCAGCAGUACGAGCAUCAUGCUUACCCGCUGCCUAUUUCGUACGCAGAGCCUUCACAGAAAUUUCGCCACCGCGUGGACGGGGGCAGCACCGGAGCGGGCGGCAGCAGCAGUACGGGCGGCAUCCGUACUGACUCGAGUGUGCGUGAGCCUAGCAGCCGCAAGGUCCUGUUUACAGUAUAUCCGGUUGGCGCGAGAGCUUCACAGACGGGUCACCGUACUCCGCGGUGCUCGGACCCCAGAAACAGCGCUACCCGAUCGAGCCAUCAUGUCCGACGCCGGUCAGGAUCCCAAGCCCGAAGGUUCGGAUUGCGAGUACAUCAAGCUCAAGGUGGUAGGCCAAGAUGGCAACGAGAUACAUUUCAAGGUCAAGAUGACCACACAGAUGGGAAAGUUGAAGAAGAGCUACAGUGAGAGGGUGGCCAUGCAAGUGUCAUCCCUUCGCUUCCUGUUCGAUGGCAAGCGCAUCAAUGAUGAUGAAACACCUAAGCAAUUGGAAAUGGUGAAUGAUGACGUCAUCGAAGUUUACCAGGAGCAGACGGGCGGCCUACGGAUAGCACCAGCUAGCCUCCGGCCAUCAUCCUGAAUCAGCUUCCCUCCCCCCCCUCCACCGAUGCACCAGCGCGCGCGCAUACACACACACUCGUCAAACAUUAUCAUCUAAUAAACCUGCCUCACAUUCAGUCA